CCACGAGCCGUGGUUCAGUCGAGACGUGCCGCGGGACGCUCUUGCCCCACUCGCCCGGCUGCACAGUCCCGUAGCGCUCGCUGGCGCCGCGUCAGAGAGAGACAGAGCGAGUGUGCUUUACACGUUCAGCGCGCGCGCUCGCCCCCUCCAACAAGGAUUACCGCGUGGUGGAUACAUGGAUUAUAUCACGUGACGUGUUGUGAUUUCGAUUGAAAAUUGUGUGCUCGUGUGUUGUUUUUACGUAAACCUUGGUGAAUGGAUAAUGCACCACGCCGCUACGACAACUCUGUGUGUGUGAGAAGUGAUACAGUGCAUUUUAUUUUUUCUGACAAAAUUGAAAAGAAAAUUAUCGCUGGCCAGAUUGGCGAUAAGUGAGCCUUUGUGCAGUUCUGUUUUUCGUUGGUUUUUCGUUUUGUCGAUGUGUGAACACCUGGUCCGGUAGCGAGCCCCACGAUGGCUGGCUCCGCCGUUGGCUGCGCCGGCCUGCUCCUGCUGGCGCUCUCGCUGGCGGGGGCGUCCAGCUGCCCCUCGCCGUGCCAAUGCAAGUGGAAGGGCGGCAAGCAGGCCGUCGAGUGCGUGGACCAGGCCCUCAUCACGGUGCCGACCGGCGUCGACCCGGAGACGCAGGUCCUCGACAUGUCCGGCAACCGGCUGCAGGAGCUGCCCAAGGAGAUGUUCGUGCGAAACCUGCUGCUCAACCUGCAGCGCGUCUACCUGCGCAGCUGCCGCAUCGGCCAGAUCGACGACCAGGCCUUCAAGGGCCUCACCAACCUGGUCGAGCUGGACCUGAGCGAAAACCUGCUCACGUCCGUGCCCUCGGCCACUUUCAACGACAUGCCCUUCCUACGCGACCUGUCGCUGGCUAAGAACCCCAUCCAGAAGCUGGAGAGCGGCGCCUUCCGGACGGUGCCGGGGCUGGUCAAGCUCGACCUGUCCCACUGCGAGCUCCAGUACAUCGCGCCCAAGGCCUUCGAGGGCGUCGAGCUCAUGGAGUCCCUGCGCCUCAACGGCAACCGCCUGUCCGUGCUGCAGCCGCACACGGUGGAGCGGCUGCAGCGGCUGCACGGCGUGGAGCUGCACGACAACCCGUGGCACUGUGACUGCCACCUGCGCGCCGCCAAGCUGUGGCUCACCAGCAACAACAUCCCGUACCCGGUGGCGCCCGUGUGCAGCGGCGGCCCGCAUCGCGUCCAGCACCGCACCUUCGCCGAGCUGCACGUCGACGACUUCGCGUGCAAACCCGAGAUCCUCCCGGUCAGCCGCUACGUCGAGGCCACGACCGGCGAGAACGCGACCGUGCUCUGCCGCGUGGGGGGCGUCCCCCAGGCCGACAUCCACUGGUACUGGAACGGGCGGCUGCUGCUCAACAACUCGGUCUUCAGCCCGUUCCAGCGCGUCUACGUGUUUGAGGAGGGCACGUUCGAGAAGACGUCCGCCCUGGUGCUGACCAACGCACAGGAUACGGACCAGACGGAGUUUUACUGCGUGGCGGAGAACCGGGCCGGAAGUGCCGAGGCCAACUUCACGCUCCACGUGUCGAUGCGCCUGGCUGGCAUCUCCACGCUGGGCUCGGGGCAGAUCUUCGGCCUGAGCGCGGCGCUGAUUGUCCUGGUGCUCGUCAUCCUGCUCGUCAUCCUGGUGCUGCUGGUGCGGCUCCGAAAGCCACCCGCGUGCGAGACCAAGUCGCCCGGACAGCUCGAGGUGGUGGCCACGAUGAACGGCAACACCGUCACCACCAACUGCAAGGCAGCCCCCGUGACGGACUCAUCCUCCGAGCGCACCACCGUCACCUCGGACUCGAUCAUGUCCAACAACCCGAUCCAAAAGCCCCCGCGGCGGGCUGAGAUCUCGUAUACGACGAGUCACUACAACGGGCACGGCAGCGUCCUGAGCGCCACGCACUUUUCGCCGCCCACCUCCAACCCGGACCUCAUCAACGACACGAGGCUCAACCCGCCGCCGCCAGCGCCCAUGUCCAAUGGCCACGUGCAAGGUCUCGGACACGCCAACCCUGGGGGUCCCGGCCUACUGGGCCCCGGUAUCGGCGCCGUGCUCAGGCCGGGCAGCGGCGAGUACAGCCGUGCAGGCGGCUGUGACUCCCUGUAUCCCUCCGGCAUCUGGGACACCCAGUCCCCGGAGCACUACAUCAGGAGGACCACCAGCUCAACAGCGACUGGAUUACACUACGACGCCUCCGACAAAACCCCCAUCAUCGGGGACGGCACCAGCAUGGGGGGCGAGUCGGAGGACGACCUGGAGUACCGCAGUCGGACGCUGCCCAGACCGCACAUCGGUCACCCUGGCCACCCGGGCCACCCGGCCCUGCCCGGCCACCCCCCUCCCCACGAAGACUACCCCCCGGACUACGGGCUGCCUAUCCCCCAGGCUGAGGGUGCCCAGAGCCCCUCCGCCACCUCACCGACUGGCGCCCACCCCAACGUCCUCCCCAAUGCUAAAACCUUACGUGUGUGGCAACGAGGAGUGCCAGUGUUACCCCCAGUGACUGCCCUCAAGCGAGUGUUAUCAAGCAAUAGAAACUCUCCAGAUGAAGGAUACCAGGAAGGCUGCGGUACGGACGUCUAAGACGUGGCAAAAGGUAAAAGAAACGACGAAAGCUCCUUGCUAAGUGCUGUGUUUUGUGUCCAGUCUUUCCUUAACCUAUUUCAGUAUUGAUCGAGUUCGGUCCUGAUAUUACAGAAGCUCAAUGGCUUGCCAAAUUUGUUAAGACUUUCCCAACCCCGCGCGACUCAAUGAAAUAUGCGCCCAGGGCUCUCUGUUAAAGUAAUGACUGGUGCAACUGAACUGAUAUACGAUAACUUGGCCUAGAGCUUUUUUUAGUUUUCCCCUCCUAAAUAUACCUUUGUGACGGCUACAAAGGAGCUCACUGUGAUAUAGCACGUGGAAAUGUUGAGAAAUCAUUUCUUGGGUUGACUUGUUUUGUAAGUAGUAGGACGGAUAAGGGAGAAUUGUUGUCUGAAGCAGACUUGUAAACCCGGCUUAAGUUAUGCCAAUAAAGUUACAAACUUUCAUCUGAUCUCGUGAUCACGUGGCAACCAAAGCUCUCUUCUAAAAUAUAGCUAUACCCAGGUGUCCAAAAGCACAUUUAUCAUAUCUGAAUCCAGCAAAAAUUGCUUAAACUUAAUGUACUGUAUGUAUAAAGAAAAUGCAUAAUACGUUUACCCCCCAGUAGACUCACAGUAACAGUGAAUUCUAUCUAGUCUCAGUUGUUGACUGAAGAGAAAAGUUGAGAGGUCAACUUCAUAGAUUUUCGAGAGAAGGCGAACUUUGUCUUUUUGGGCCCCCUGAAUGUCUAUUUGACUUAACAAGCAGGCACAGGGUGUGAAUUACAGAUUUUCUCGCUCAGGCUCUCGUGCUUGCAUCUUAGUCAAUCACGUGUCAACAGGGAAGUUUUACAAAAUCAUAACGAUGUAACUGCUUACUAUGGGACUUUCUGCUGUGUUUACAAGCCUGGAGAUGAUGUACUGAAAUUCCUACAUAGAUCACUAUAAAACAAAACAUAUCGUACCUCUAUUUGUUGUAAUAUAGAGGGAAUGAAUGAAAAAUCGAAAAGGAGACAUUGCCUUGGAUACAAUUAUUUGAGACUGAGAAAGAGUGUACAGAAGUACUUAAAUGUUCUGAGGUAGAUAAAUGUGUUCAACUUCUCAUUGCCGUUGUGACUUGUGUGAUAAUAGACUACUGGGCGUGUUGUCAGCCAUGUGUAGGUGUAUUUUGACUUGUAAAAAAAAUUAAGUGUGCCCCUAAGUUAAUGGCAGUGUCUCGCAUGGGAUUCAUUAUGCAUUACAGACUAAAACCCCUCACCCUUUUAUUAUUUGAGUUUUGUCUUUUAGUUUUAUUUUACUUGCUUUUCUGUAGAGUAGUCAAUAGAAGCACUAUUCUUUAUUUGCAGUUUAGAAUGCAGUUUGUCUGAAAUCGCCGGUAGCAGCGUUUUAUCUAUAUUUUUGGCUAGUGUUAAUUACAUCAAAGCAGAGGCCAUUCUGUGUCGAGCAAACACGGGCUAUCUUAAUCCCUUCCAUAUCAAGUGCAUUGAAUUGCCAUGCGUGAUACUCGCGCCAUGCCUUGUACUGUACGUAUCACAUUGUCGUGUACAUUGACCCGUAAAGAGAAACAUGAUGUUUCUAAAAUUUGGAUCUCGAUGUGUAAAAGAAGCAAGAGGGCCAGAAUUGCAUAAGUAUAAAGUGCUACGCUGUCAGUUAAAGAGCAAAUUCAUUCAACCGGUAACUUUAGAUCCAAAUCGUGCAGUACAUUAAUUCCAUCUUGUGGCUAUAGGUCAUUAAUUUACCAGCUGAAAACCAAAGGUUAGUCAGUAAUGUAGUCUUAAAAAUUAUAUUAUGAACACGAUUAAUUUGAUGUACAUUGUGCAAAUUAAGUCUUCUUCCUUCUUUUCUUACUUUUCUAUUUUUAUAUCUAUAUACAUAAUAUACGAAGAAAAUCUUUAAUAUCUAUACAUAAAUAUAUUUUUGUUGUACAUUUUUGUUGUUGAUUUUUAAUUAAAGCCCAAAGUGAAACUAUA